AGCCCCGCCUCUGUCUAUCUUUGGGAAUUUAUUUGUCACGGGCACUGCUGGCCUGCAGUCCAUUGCCUGCCAGGGGCCCAGAGUUGUUCUGAGCACCCAAGGAUUCUCCCUCUCAACCCAUGCAUCUCUCCAGCUGACCUCUGACUCCUGACCUCUGGCCUCACCUACCCUGCUCUGCUCUCUCUAAGGGGGUGAGAAGCCCUCAGGAGCUCUGCCGCUGUAGACGUGGGUGUCCUAACAGCAAAGGUGUGCAGGGGGCUCAGUCCUGAACCCCAACCUGGCCCACCAUGGCACGGAGGCUGCAGGAUAAGCUGGCUGCCUUUUUCUUCGAGUAUGACACCCCCCGAAUGGUGCUGGUGCGCAACAAGAAGGUGGGCAUUGUCUUCCGGCUGAUCCAGCUUGUGGUUUUUAUCUACGUCGUUGGGUGGGUAUUUGUGUAUGAGAAGGGCUACCAGACCUCAGGGGGCCUCAUCAGCAGUGUGUCUGUGAAGCUCAAAGGCCUGGCCGUGACUGAGCUCCAGAGCAAACUCCAGGUCUGGGACCAGGCCGACUACGUCUUCCCAGCACAGGGGGACAACUCCUUCGUGGUCAUGACCAAUUUCAUCAUGACCCCCCAGCAGGCUCAAAACUACUGUGCAGAGAACCCCGAAGGGGGCACGUGUAAGAACAAUAGUGGCUGUACCCCAGGGAAGGCAAAGAGGAAGGCCCAAGGCAUCCGCACGGGCAAGUGUGUGGCCUUCAACAGCACUGUGCAGACGUGUGAGAUCUUUGGCUGGUGCCCCGUGGAGGUGGAUGACAACAUCCCAAGCCCUGCCCUUCUCCGAGAGGCCGAGAACUUCACCCUCUUCAUCAAGAACAGCAUCAGCUUUCCACGCUUCCAGGUCAAGAGGAACAACCUAGUGGAGGAGGUCAAUGCCAGCUACAUGAAGACCUGCCUCUACGACAAGAAGCUGCACCCUCUGUGCCCUUUAUUCAACCUCAGCUACAUAGUCCAGGAGUCCGGCCAGGAUUUCAGUAGGCUGGCUGUCAAGGGUGGGGUGGUCGGCAUCACCAUCGACUGGGACUGUGACCUGGACUGGCACAUUCGACACUGCAAACCCAUCUAUGAGUUCCAUGGGCUAUAUGGGGAGAAAAAACUGUCUGAAGGCUUCAACUUCAGGUUUGCCAGGCACUACGUAGAGAAUGGGACCAACCGCCGUCACCUCUUCAAGGUGUUUGGGAUUCGCUUUGACAUCCUAGUGGAUGGCAAGGCCAGGAAGUUUGACAUCAUCCCUACAAUGACCACCAUUGGCUCUGGGAUUGGCAUCUUCGGGGUGGCCACCGUUCUCUGUGAUCUGUUGCUACUUCACAUCCUGCCCAAGAGGCACUACUACAAGCAGAAGAAGUUCAAGUAUGCUGAGGACAUGGGGCCAAAGGCGGGCGAGCAUGACCCAGCAGCCACCAGCUCCACCUUGGGCCUGCAGGAGAACAUGAGGACCUCCUGACCCUGAGCCCUUGACUCCUGACUGGAUGCAGCACUUGGCCUUGGGCUGGGGCCCUGGUGGGUCCCAGCCAAGGGCAGAAGGGUCUCCCAUGCAGUGUCCUACCCUCUUAGCCAAACAGAUACCAUUUACCAGCAGCUUAGGAUAGACCUGUGCAGUUUAGGACUCUGGCUCCAACUCUGUACCCCCCACCCCAAGAAAGCCCCACUGCAGUCUCAGUCAUUCCUGGUCGAAAAAGCCUGGGGAUCCUCACACAUUGGUACCCCAGCUUUGUGCUUAUCUCUUGGGGCCCUCAUUGUCCAUCUUUCUGCCUCAAUUUCUCUAGAUCUGUGUCCUCCAAUAUGGCAGUCACUAGCCACAGGUGACUAUUUAACUUUAAAUGAAUUAAAAUUCAAUAAAAUAAAAAAAUUCAAUUCCUCAAUGGAACGAGUCACAUUUCAACUGCUUGGUAGACACACGUGGCCAGUGACUGCCAUGUUGGACAGUGCUUGUCACUGAUGAAAGUUCUGUCAGACAGGUGUGCUCCAGCCCUAUUUCUGCCUGGCCUCAGAUUUCCCUGGGGAGAAUAUUGACAAUGCAGGUGCCUGGGUCCACCCCAGACUUCCUGAACCAGAAACCCCCAUGCUGGCCACAAUGAUCUGUGUUGAUAGCAAGAAUCAAGGACAUUUUGGGACCUACAUUUAAGAAAUGCUGUCUUAGCAUUUUUUGACUCUGAGCUCUUGAUUGGGACGGGGUCUGCACCAACUGGCAGGUAUGGACACUGAGCAGGGUUUCAGACACCCUCAGCAAGUGUGUAGUGUGUUCACGUGCCACACAGUGAUUCACGCACACACCCCCGUGUGCAUGCACACCUACCUACAUGUACACGGCCCUCAUGUACACACCACCCACAUGCACACAGCCCUGUGUUUGAACAGCUUGGGGCCCUGCAAACACAACCAUCUGACACACCUACACCCUCAAGCAGAGACACAUGAUCCAUGCUGUGUCACCUCCAUGGGGAAAUGCUUCUUCCCUAGUGUGUCAGGCUAGGACAUCCCUUCUAGCCACAAAUCCUUACUCAGCUACCUCGGGCUGGAAUGGGAGCCUAAGCCGAAUCCUGGGCUCCUUGCCCACGGCCAACUCCAGCUCCCACGGCCUCCCUGGCUCUGUCAGAACACAAGGUCUGGGAAAAGUGAGGGGUGGAGUACAAUAAAAGGAAUGAGGACGAA